AAUGUCGUCUUCUUCCCGUGUCUGUCUUCAAUCUUCUUCCUGUUUGGGGAGGGGAAAGGUGCCUAUUUUAAUUCCACCAAUUUUCCCCUCAAACCAUCUCUAAUAUCUAAUUCUCUCUCUCAGAAGCCUAAAUCCAAUGAGUCGCAUGAUGGGAUUGUUCGAUCUCGAGAAACACUUCGCCUUCUACGGUGCUUAUCACAGCAAUCCGAUCAACAUUAUAAUCCACAUCAUCUUCGUAUGGCCGAUCGUCUUCACAGCGUUGCUUCUCCUCCACUCGGCGACACCAAUCUGCGAUCCUUCCCUACUAGGGUUUCCUCAAUCGCUGACUCUCGACGGUGUUCUGCGAUUAAACGUCGGGUUUAUCGUCACGGUGGUUUAUGCUCUGUUCUACAUCUGUUUGGAUAAAAAAUCUGGAUUUGUUGCUGCCCUCAUGUGUUUCUCUUGCUGGGUUGGUUCCAGCUUUCUCGCUGCUCGAUUAGGACCUUCUCUUGCCUUCAAGGUUGGGUUAGCAUCUCAGCUGUUAUGUUGGACCGGGCAGUUCCUUGGCCAUGGCUUGUUCGAGAAACGAGCUCCUGCACUAUUAGACAAUCUAGUCCAAGCUUUUCUCAUGGCUCCUUUCUUCGUGCUACUCGAGGUUCUUCAAUCGGUCUUUGGGUAUGAACCAUAUCCCGGUUUUCAAGCGCGUGUGAAUGCCAAGGUGGAAAGUGACAUAAAGGAAUAUAGAGAAAAGAAGCAGAUCAAGAAGAACAAGAUCACAUAAGCUUAGAUCAUAUAACUGAUCAAGAACUUAAAACCAUAUAUUGUUAUGUUUCUCUAUUUAAAAUCCGAGAUAAGAAAUAAGACAACCAUGGAUUUGAUGGUUUUGUGUAUAACUAAAUUUCAAUAUAUUGAAAGUUGCAAACAAAAGAUGAA